GCGUCUUUAUAAGACUAAGUUUGAUCUAAUUUCUAGUCUUGGAGAAAUUGCUGAUGUGAGAUUCAUUCAUCAAGCCUAUAUUUGCCCAAAGGCAGUGAAUAUUCCUGUGGGAUUUAUUAGUAAACUAUAGCCACCUGUCGUUCCGAAGUUGCGGAGUCUGGACGUCCAGUGACAAGGUGACCUGUCUGAAAAAUAAUUAUGCCGAAAAAUAGGGCAGUGCCGUUUCUAAUUAGUGCAGUGGUGUUUACUGUGGCAGUUUUGGGCGAUGACAACUUACCAAGAUCCAAGAGGCAAGCUCCAAAUAUUAAUGUUCACGAAAUUCCAAAGACUAGCUUUUCCUGUGACGAUCGAAGAGUUGGAGAAUACUAUGCUGACCCGGAAGCCAAUUGUCAAGUGUAUCAUGUUUGCAUUCCAGGCAUGCACAAUAAAAUGUCUCUAAUGAGCUUUGUGUGUCCUAACGGCACUAUUUUCAGCCAAUCAACUCGAGUCUGCACAUCAUACGAUCGUGUCGACUGUAGCUUGACUUCCAAAUUUUAUGAAAAUGUGCACGGACUUGCUAACAGCAAGCGUACUGACUACGAAGCCGAUAGGGAUUAUGACAAUUAUGUUGCCCAGCCACCACCUAGAGAAGCGGCUCCACCAGCUAGACAGUCGACCUCAUCGAGAAGCAGAAAUACCCCAGCUCCACCUCCGCCUCCAAGAGAUGUUCCACCUCAGCCGCAGAGAAACACUCGAUUCCGAUCUGGCACCAACCAAUUUAGAGGUCAACAAGCACCAGCAGCAACCACUCCUGCUCCUGUCCGCACAACUGCAGCUUCACCACAAGUUGCAAGAGUACCUAUAGCACCAGCCAGGCCAGCUCCACCUGCUUUCCGGCCUCCAGUAUUAGCAGGUCGUCCUGCACAAGGAGGCACUCUUUCUAAUGUUUUGCCUCCACGGCCAACAGUACGAUCAGUCGUGUCUACAAGCACCGCAAGUUAUGACUAUGAAUACGAAUAUGACUACAAUUACGAAGAUGAAACUCCAGCUGAUGGGAAUGCACGCAACAAGAGAGAAGCUGUAGCAUAUAAUGAUGAUAAUAUGGAGGAAAAGAUUCAAAAAACAGGUUUCACUUGUCAAGAUAAAGUAGCUGGAGGGGUAUACGCCGAUAUAGAGAGUGACUGCAAAAUGUUCCACAUCUGCGUCCCGUUAGGAAAAUACAAAAUGCUCGAUUAUAAAGUUUUCUGUACUAAUGGUACUGGCUUUGAUCAAGAAACAGGUUCCUGCAGAGAGAAAGAGGAGUUUGUUUGCAAAAAUGCUCACUUGUUUUACCAGUUCGAAAAGCUAAACCAACCUACAUAUAGCAAGAAACCCGUCUUCAGCAAAAAAAUAUAUACUAAACCAAAAAAGGCCAAACGCAUGAGCAAAGAAUGAAUUGAGAAGAAAUGUUUUCAGAUCUAAUUAUUUAUCAUGUGUUAAAUUUUUAGUUUUUGCUGGCAGUGGGUAAAGAGAGUGUUAUAUGAAGAGCAUGAUAAAACUUGAUUGCUUUUGUUCUUUCAACUUGAGGAAUAUAACCUUUAGACAUAAGAAAAAUGGGAGGAUGUUUUGUGCACAACUGAAAGACUAAUAUAAAUGGAAUUUCGAGAAAUCAAAGUACAACGCUGGUAAAAAAUAACAAUAAAACACUCAAAUUUCAUGUAUUUGACAAGUAAAUGUAAAGACAUGAAAAUUUCUCAAAUGGCAAAAGCGUAUCUAGAUAUAUAUAUGAUUCUUUGUAUUGUCCUUUUUGAUAACUUUAUUCCAGGAACUGUGCCAUGUCAUAAAACAAUCAAAAGCAAAUCCCAAAUUUUUAUAUAAUUUUUAUUAUUUUGAUUGCUACUGUUUUGGAUUUAUCAUUUAUUUAAAUUAAUUAAGGUAUAAUUUUUUCUGCAAGAAUAAAUGUUUGAGUAUAACUACAGCAAAACAAUUUUAUUACCAAGAAGCUUUUAAAGAGAGUGAAAGAAUUAUUAAAAUGAUUCCAGCAAGAAAUGUUAAAAUAUGAUUUCCUUGAUCUCCAUAUUCAUAGUAGCAAUAAUUAUUUUUUAAUUACAUUAACUACAAUAAAUAAAAUGUAUGUGUAAGCAUACUUAUUUCAGAAAGAAUAUUCACAUAUGUACUAGUUUUAAUUGCAAAUUUAAGUAGAAGUAUACCAUUGUAAAUGACAAGUGCAUAUGUUCAUUUAAUUUGUGGCUCGUUAAUUCCGUUUUUAAAAUAAUACUUUUUAAAAUGUAUCUAGGUUUAUUCAUUAACUUGUAUAGCAAAAAAACAGCGUUUUAACGUCAGUUUUAAACUUAUGUUAGAUUUAUUUUAUGUAUUUUUUUAACUCUUUUUACUAUUUACUGUUUCGUAGCAUUAGACAUUUUUGAUGUUUAAUGCGCAAAAUUAGAUUUUAAGUUUUAUGGAGUUUUUGAAAUAUUUUCAUUGUGCCAAGAAUUUGUGUAAUAAAUGUAAUCACCUAUAAUGCUAAGUUUUCUUUAUAUAAUGAUCGAAACAUGUUUACAUGUUCUUUGGUAAAUGAAAUAAGUACUGCUUUGCCUUUGCAAAGUUGAAUAAAAUGAGUUAGCUUAAGUA